AUGGCCCGAAAUCCCGUCCUGCUUCUGACACAGAGCCUGCCUCUCCCACCCAGCCCAGCUCGCUCCAGGAGACCGACGCGGUCGAACUCUCGAGCGCAAGGCAAGCGGUGGCGGCAGCAACCAUGGAAAAAAGGCGAGGAGGCGGCGGCGGGUGUUGUGGCGGCGGGUGCUGUGGCGGCGACAAGUAAGAACCCGACGCCCGCACCGCCAAGCAGGCUGGGGGGCGCAAGCCAGGGGCGUCGCUGUUUUGUUCCAGAUUUCCAUGCACCGUGGCGACAGCGCAGCGCCCACCAAGACAGGGAACGCGCCAGACCCCUCUCUCACCUCACUGGGAACGCAGUUGCAGAAUCCAGAGGUAUGGAUCUUUGGCUGUUGCGGUUUAUACUGGCAUUGGUGUCUAUGAGCGAUGCUUUUCCCACAAGCAAGGCUCCAUCAGGAAGACCACAGAUCAUGAAGUGUCGAUCACCUGAAAUGGAAACAUUUUCAUGUUAUUGGAGUAAUGGUGGCUUUCCCCAUUUAACUGCCCCAGCAACAAUGCAGCUACUGUUUUUUAAAAGAAACAUAGAAAGGGAGAGCGAAUGGAAAGAGUGUCCUGAUUACAUAACUGCUGGCGAAAACAGCUGUUAUUUCAACAAAUCUUACACCUCCAUAUGGGUUCCUUAUUGUAUCAAGCUAGUUGAUGGAAAUGAGACAUAUGAUGAAAAAUGUUUCCGUGUUGAGGACAUAGUCAUACCAGACCCUCCCGUUGGACUCAACUGGACUUUGCUGAAUGCCAGCCCAAUAGGCAUCUAUACAGACAUCCAAGUCAGCUGGAAGCCUCCACCCUCAGCAGACGUUCAGAAUGGAUGGAUCACACUCCAAUACCAGCUGCAGUACAAAGAAGUAAAUGAGACAAAAUGGAAGGAGCUGAAACCAACACAUGACAUAAAUUUGCCAGUGUAUUCUUUGAAAAUAUGCAACGAUCAUGAGCUACGAGUCCGAGCACAAGCAGUGUCUGAAAUUUAUGGGGAGUUCAGUGACAUGCUUUAUGUUUCUUUUGGUUCAUCAGGCCUGGUGCCAUGUGAAGAAGAAUUCCAGGUGCCUUGGCCUUUGGUGAUGGCCUUUGGAACUCUUGGCCUGAUGGUGAUGUUAUCGCUAGUCCUCUUUUCUAAACAGCAGAAGUUAAAGAUACUGAUUCUUCCUCCUGUUCCAGUUCCAAAAAUUAAAGGAAUUGAUCCAGACCUCUUUAAGAAAGGAAAACUUGACGAAGUCAACUCCAUCUUAGCCAGUCAUGGUAGCUGCAUGCCGCCUCUGUAUGGAGAUGACUCUUGGGUAGAAUUCAUUGAGUUGGAUUUAGACGAGGCAGAAGAGAGGACAGAAGGAUCAGAUACUGACAUGCUUCUUGGUGAUGACCACUUGAAGUCUCAUGGCUGCCUUGGAGUGAGGGAUGAUGAUUCUGGACGAGCCAGCUGCUGCGAGCCGGAUAUCCCAGAGACUGACUUCAGUGCAAGUGACACGUGCGACGGAACCUCAGACAUCGACCAGUCCAAAAAAGCAAGCCACAAAGAGGAGGAUCUCUUGUGCCUUGAUCAAAAUGACAAUGAGAAGCCAACAUCAGAUCUUGAGGGUGCAUCUGAUCACCCACGUGAAGACAAGCAGCCAGAAGCCUGUGUUUCUGUCCCUGACAAUACUGAGAUGAUUGGCCCACCUGUCCAAACCCAGCUAAGCAACCAGAGUUCAGUGGCAAAUGUUGACUUUUACACGCUCGUCAGCGACGUUACACCAGGAGGAAGGGUUGUGCUUUCCCCGGGGCAAAAAAUGAAGAUGGGGAGAGACCAGAGUGAGGCUCAGAAAGAAUCAGUUGCACAGUGCCAACCAAGCUUUGCCAUGGACAAUGCCUAUUUCUGUGAGCUAGAUGUGAAAAAAUGUGUCACUGUGACACCUCGCAAAGGGGCAGAGCCAGAAGUUCAAGACUUGAGCUUUCCUGAAAGUGCUUACUUCACCACCGAGAGCCUUAUCCCUAUUAUUGUGAAUCCUGCAACAGCGGCUGCCAAAGAACCAGAAAAUUCCGAGAUGCCUGUGGCAGACUAUACCUCCAUUCACGUUGUACAGUCUCCACAAGGCCUUGUGCUCAAUGCUACAGCUCUCCCUGUGCCAGACAAGGAAUUCAUUGCAUCGUGCGGUUACGUGAGCACAGACCAACUUAACAAAAUCCUGCCCUAGCUUUCCUUUGACUGUGUGGGAAAAUGUGCCACUCCCCUGCCCCUCCUAAGUCCACACCUCCAUGAGGCUCUGAAGUGCAUACGGAACUCCCUAAAAGCAGGGGCUUCACGAUGCACUUCAGUGUCCCAGAGACUUGUCAUGCUUGCAGGGCAUUUGCAAGCCCAUGCUCACACAGAGCUCUGUGUGCAUAUUGGAAUCUCUGCAUGCUCACUUGGAGCCUAUGAAUUUGGGGUAUAUUUAAAUGACAACGAGUUGGCUUGGGUGUGUGAAUGCUUAAACCAAAACAAAUGUGCUCAGUAUUUUCAAAGGGGUGGCAGUGCUGCUGCUGGUUUAGUCCCUUCUCCGUUUACCUGAGAUGUUGAAUCAAUUGCGUUAUUGCUGUCAUGUCUUGUAAAUAUUGUCUUAUGCAACGUUGCUAGAGCUCGUUCAGUAACAGUGACUGUCUUUUGUUAUUGUAGGUGUUUAUUUGGGGUCAUUCUUAAUGCAUUGGGCGAGAAUGUAAUGUAUCACAUAACACCUUUGUUCAGAAAGCUAAUGUCAGGUGUUUUCUGCAUGUUAAAUCAUACUAUAUGCGGAGAUGUUUAUUCUGGAAACUGGAGAAUGAAAUAUUGGGUAGGAAAGGGAAAAAUAGUUUGGCUAAAAAUACAUUUAUUUUGAUUUAUAUAAAUACACCUAUUUUAAUACUGUAGACAAGCAGACAUGGAUAUUUUAUAUUUACACUGCACACUGUAGUUUAAUUAUAAUGAUCCAUCUAUGGAAUGUAUCUGCUGCAAUCAUUGUAGCAAUUUAAAACAAAGGAAUAUAAGGAAAAUAAUUAUUUUUUACAGAAUGUUUUUAUACCUCCACAAAAAGCUAUAGAGAACUCUACAUGUAAAGUUGCUACGCUACUUUAUUGAGGCCUACUUGUUUCUUAAAAGUACUUUUGCAUUUUAUAUGUGGCCGACCACAACAUGUACAAACCAGAUACUUUGUCGCCAGAUUUUGUUAUUGUACCAACAGAUCAUACAGUUUGUAUAUCAGUAAAAACUAAAAUGGAUUUGGAUUUUUCAGGGCCUUUCAGGAACACUAUUCCACUUUUAUGGAACGUUUAGAAAUACACAAGAAUAAGCACUGGUGACUUGACAGUGCUAUUCUUCCCCAGAAAAAUCCUGAAGUCCUUUCCUCGGAAAACUAUUGAGGACCUCUCAGCACUAAUAUACUCAGUGAAAAAGCUGAGCCGGGGGCUCCAGGUUACUGUGAAGCUCAGACUCCGAAUCAAAUGAAGCUACAGAACUCAGUACAGUAUUGUUAACAAGUGUGUUUUUUCCUGCAUAUUCUGCACACGUCAGUUGUAGGGAAGCUUUAAAGAAGUAGUGUAGCUUAAGUCUUUUUUACAAUUUAUCUGUGUUUUCCUCUCUCUUUCUCUCUCUCUUGGUACGCCUUAACAUACUUCAAUCUCAAAUUUUGUUUACGUAAUGAAUGCCUCAAUUCAAAGGUCCAGCAUCCCCUGCUUACUUUCUCCAAGCUGUUUUAUAGGCAGCUGCUGUUGCUAGGCUGAGCCUGCAGGCUGUCUGGACCUGGGGUGGCUCCAGCACAGAAUUCUGAAGCCCAGUCCUCUGAGCUGGGACCCAGGGCCAGCGUAACCUCAAGGUUUGCUGUUCAAGCCACGGGAGUGCUCAAAGCUGCCUUGUACUGAGACACACCUUUGGUCCAUCUAGCCCAGUAUUGUUCACUUGGGCUGGCAGCAGCUCUCCAGGAGCUUAGGCAGAGGUCUUUUUGCAUCACCUGAUCGUUUUUGCAGAGAGGCCAGAGAUCAAACCUGGACCUUCUGCGUGCAAAGGACAUAGCCUGCCACUGAGCUGUGGGUACAAAGCUGUGCAGUUAAACAUUGCUGUAAACCAGGCAGUACUCAGGAGACUGCUUAUGCUGUUCCCUUGAUCGCAGAGCCUGAGACAAGGGUGCAGCAGCAGCCAUCAAAAUGGCCGCUGGUUGAUGUAUUGCCUUGCUCAUACUAAUACAUACCUGCAUACAGAACUGAGUGGAGAAAACAAACAUGACUCUUCUCAGUGAAUUGGCCUUAACAGAAUUCAGAUCUAUGGGAAGAAGCCUCAGAUUAACAGGAGUUCUUCAUUUCCACUGAUAUUACCUUAGGACAGGAGCAGUUUGUGGCCAUCUGAAAAGCUGUGAUAUUUUUGGUCAUUGACUGUGGAAAGGAAGCACCUUCCUGGAAACGUGUGCACUUUGCAGCUCAGUUAGUGGUCUGCUUUUUAAAAAAUAAUAAUAAAUGGGAUGAAGGUCCAGAUUUAGACUUUAAUUUACCAGUUGCCAAUGUUUGCCUUAGGCUACUAUCCUACUCACAUGCAGCACAAUCCUUACCAUGUUUACUUGGAAGUAAGCCACAGCACUCCAUGGAACUUACUUCUGAAUAAACGUGCUUAGGAUCACACUAGGGUUGCCAGGUUCAGGGCCUGAGAAUGAUUCUGUAUCUUUAAGAGAAGAGAAAAUUCAGCCAAGUGUAGGUUUUCUUGCAGCAUUGUA